UUCAUUGGAAUCGUGUGAAAGAGGAGAAAGACAACUAAAGUUAACGUGUUGAUCUCUAAAAGUGCUGCCUCACACCCUUCACAUCACUCUCCUUUAAUCUGCUUAAAUAACUGCGCCUUUUUCUUCUUCUUUCAACCUCCAUAUCUGUCUCCCAAACCCAUGACAUGAACAUUCUCAACAAACACACCAUCGGAAAUGAUGUCGGAAAGGCUCACGUUGUUCACGUCGACAACAUUCAAAAUGCUUCUCCCCGGAACUCCACCGCCGAGAAAGGAAGAGUGUCGUCUGUAUCUGUGUCCGAGCGUCGUGUAGAUUUGGAUCUGAAGAGCGAUGAUGUCAAUGUCAAGACACGUUUGGGUAACGUUAAGAGGGAUUGUAGAAUUUGCCACCUCAGCAUGGAUAUGAACAACCAAGGUGAACAUGAAUCUGAGACUCCCAUUGAACUAGGAUGUUCCUGUAAAGAUGAUUUGGCUGCUGCCCAUAAACAAUGUGCUGAAAUAUGGUUCAAGAUCAAGGGUAACAAAACUUGUGAAAUCUGUGGAUCCAUUGCUAGCAAUGUAGCUGGUCAUGGAGUUGAAGUUGAAAUGACAGAACAACAGAAUGAAGUUAAUGAUGCAUCCAUGCUACCACCAACUGAACCUGCUGCACCAUCAGAAACUCGAAGUUUCUGGCGUGGGCAAUGGUUCUUGAAUUUCAUCCUUGUCUGUAUGAUCUUUGCCUUUGUCCUAUGCUGGCUUUUUCACUUCAAUAUGCUUUCUUGAAAUCUUCUAACUUCAAUAAACCUUCCAAACAUAUAUUUAGGAAAUAUUUCACAUUUUUCACACCACC